AAGCGGAAGUGCCCAUCGGUGGCGGAACCGUGCAGGAAGGCGGAAGUGGCUUCGCUAGGGAAGUUCCCGGAGUGGAGAUGGCGCGAGCUGGACGCGGUGCAGCGGUACCCAGGGCGCAGGCGGGUCCUGGGAGUCCCCGGCGGGCACGGCGGCGGCAGCAAGUGCAGCCGCUGGGGAAGCAGCGCCCAGCCCCGUGGCCCGGGCUUCGCAGCAAAGAGAAGAAGAAAGUGAACUGCAAGCCCAAGAACCAGGAUGAACAGGAGAUCCCUUUCCGUCUCCGGGAGAUCAUGAGGAGCCGCCAGGAGAUGAAAAACCCGAUCAGUAACAAGAAGAGGAAGAAAGCAGCCCAGGUGACCUUCAGAAAGACAUUGGAGAAGGAAGCAAAGGGAGUGGAGCCCGACAUUGCCAUCCCCAAGUUCAAACAGAGGAAGGGGGAAUCCGACGGGGCCUAUUUCCAGCGCAUGCAGCAAGAGGCCCAGCACGUGCUGUUCCUCAGCAAGAACCAGGUCCCCCGGCAGCCAGAGGUACAGGCGGCUCCCACGGAGAGGUCUGAGCAGAAAAAAGCAAAAAAAGCGUUCCAGAAGCGGCGACUAGAUAAAGUCCAACGGAAAAAGGAGGAAAAGGCUGCAGACAGGCUGGAGCAGGAGUUGCUCCGAGACACGGUGACAUUUGGAGAGGUUGUCCUGCAGCCCCCAGAGCUGACUGCCAGGCCCCGGAGGAGUGUAAGCAAGGACCACCCUGGCAGGAGAUCGCAGAUGCUGAGGAUGCUUCUGAGCCCCAGCGCUGUGUCCCAGCCUCUGACCGCCUCCUUGGCCCGCCAGCGGAUUGUGGGGGAGGAAAGAGAGCGGGCCGUGCAGGCCUACAGGGUGUUGAAGCAGUGGCGGCGGCUGCUGCACGGGGAGCGACCCCACCUCACUUCCCGGAAGAAGCCAGAGCCGCAGCCGUGAUGGAGAGACACCCGGGGCCCGGCCAUGCUCCUGGGAAACUGGCACCAGGAGCUGCCACACCUGGGUCGGGGAGAGGCAGGCCAUGCCAGCAAUGUGGGGUGGGGCCUCCAGCUACUUGUUCCCACAGUGGGCACUAGCGGGUCCACAUCUUGCAAGGGGUAAGUGUCCGACGGACUAGGGCCAAGGCCUGGUUGACAGACGGCCCGUGGGGCCCGGUGUCACUCACAGCUCCAUGUCUUUGUUUUGAACGUCCAUUCUGAGUCUCAGCCCAGGUACACCUUAGGAAGGGCUGGGUCCCUGUCCCUGAACACCAACUAGUGAGACAGCUGAUGAGGCUGGCUCGGUGUGUGACGGAGGCCCCGGGAGUCAGCAGAGCCGAGCGCACAGUGCACAUCAGGCAGAGCAGGCCACGGGCAGGGAAGACGCUUCGGGGCAGGGCCACUGGGCACAUCUGGACCACCUGCAAGGGCUCUGCAGGCGACCAUGACUACAGGUCAGUUGCGAGUGGUCCCCACAGAGGCUGCCCACCCAAGGUCUGGUUGGGGUGAAACGUGAUGACAACACAUACACUAAGGUGGGAACUGGGGGCUGGGCACGGUGGCUCACACCUAUAAUCCCAGCACUUUGGGCAGCCGAGGCAAGUGGAUCACCUGAGGUCAGGAGUGCAAACCAGCCUGGCCAACAUGGUAAAACCGCAUCUCUACUAAAAAUACACGAAAAGAGGAAAAAAAAAAAAAAAACAGUGGGAACAGGGUUGUCACCUACCUCACGGGGCUCUGAGAGAGCCGGGGGGCCCAAAGUGGCUGUAGAAAGUAAAGGAAAAAUCCUGGCCUGGGCUCGGGGUCACAGAGUGGGGCCCAGGGGGAGUUCCUGCUGAGGGCAGGGCCUUGCCAGACUUCAGUCUCCAUCCAGUGCCAAAGGAGGGAGGCCCAGGCUGUCAGCAUUUCCAGAUGAGGGCAGAAGGGAGAGGCUUAAACUCAAGUCACACAUCCAGCAAUGGAGUCCGACUGCUCAGCACCGUCUAGGGAGUGAGGAGUGCUUCUGCCCAGUUGCCAGCCAACCAUCUGGGAAGUGAGAAGCGCCUGGGUCCAGCCACCGCCAACCAUCUGGGAAGGGAGGAGCGCCUGGGUCCAGCCACCGCCAACCAUCUGGGAAGGGAGGAGCGCCUGGGUCCAGCCACCGCCAACCAUCUGGGAAGGGAGGAGCGCCUUUGCCUGGCUGCCCACCAUCUGGCAAGCGAAGAGCACCUCUGCCUGGCCACCGCCCCGUCUGGGAAGUGAGGAGCGCCUCUGCCUGGCCGCCAACCGUCUGGGAAGUGAGGAGCACCUGUGCCUGGCUGCCAACCAUCUGGGAAGAGGAGCGCCUCUGCCCAGACGCUGCCCCGUCUGGGAAGUGAGGAGCACCUCUGCCUGGCCGCCCCACCAUCUGGGAAGUAAGGAGCGCCUCUGCCUGGCUGCUGCCCCACCGUCUGGGAAGGAGUGCCACUGCCCGGCCGCUGCCCCAUCGUCUGGGAAGUGAGGAGCGCCUCUGCCUGGCCGCCCCACCAUCUGGGAAGUGAGGAGCGCCUCUGCCUGGCUGCUGCCCCACCGUCUGGGAAGGAGUGCCACUGCCCAGCUGCCCAUCGUCUGGGAAGUGAGGAGCGCCUCUGCCUGGCUGCUGCCCCACCGUCUGGGAAGGAGUGCCACUGCCCAGCUGCCCAUCGUCUGGGAAGUGAGGGCGCCUCUGCCCGGCCGCUGUGCCACCGUCUGGGAAGGAGUGCCACUGCCCAGCUGCCCACCGUCUGGGAAGUGAGGGCGCCUCUGCCUGGCUGCUGCCCCACCGUCUGGGAAGGAGUGCCACUGCCCAGCUGCCCAUCGUCUGGGAAGUGAGGGCGCCUCUGCCCGGCCGCUGUGCCACCGUCUGGGAAGGAGUGCCACUGCCCAGCUGCCCAUCGUCUGGGAAGUGAGGGCGCCUCUGCCCGGCCGCUGUGCCACCGUCUGGGAAGGAGUGCCACUGCCCCGCUGCCCACCGUCUGGGAAGUGAGGGCGCCUCUGCCCGGCCGCUGUGCCACCGUCUGGGAAGGAGUGCCACUGCCCAGCUGCCCACCGUCUGGGAAGUGAGGGCGCCUCUGCCCGGCCGCUGCCCCACCGUCUGGGAAGUGAGGGCGCCUCUGCCCAGCCGCUGUGCCACCGUCUGGGAAGGAGUACCACUGCCCAGCUGCCCACCGUCUGGGAAGUGAGGGCGCCUCUGUCCGGCCGCUGCCCCACCGUCUGGGAAGUGAGGGCGCCUCUGCCCGGCCGUUGUGCCACCGUCUGGGAAGGAGUGCCACUGCCCAGCUGCCCACCGUCUGGGAAGUGAGGGCGCCUCUGCCCGGCCGCUGUGCCACCGUCUGGGAAGGAGUGCCACUGCCCAGCUGCCCACCGUCUGGGAAGUGAGGGCGCCUCUGCCCGGCCGCUGUGCCACCGUCUGGGAAGGAGUGCCACUGCCCAGCUGCCCACCGUCUGGGAAGUGAGGGCGCCUCUGCCCGGCCGCUGUGCCACCGUCUGGGAAGGAGUGCCACUGCCCAGCUGCCCACCGUCUGGGAAGUGAGGGCGCCUCUGCCCGGCCGCUGCCCCACCGUCUGGGAAGUGAGGGCGCCUCUGCCUGGCUGCUGCCCCACCGUCUGGGAAGGAGUGCCACUGCCCAGCUGCCCACCGUCUGGGAAGUGAGGGCGCCUCUGCCCGGCCGCUGUGCCACCGUCUGAGAAGGAGUGCCACUGCCCAGCUGCCCAUCGUCUGGGAAGUGAGGGCACCUCUGCCCGGCCGCUGUGCCACCGUCUGGGAAGGAGUGCCACUGCCCAGCUGCCCACCGUCUGGGAAGUGAGGGCGCCUCUGCCCGGCCGCUGUGCCACCGUCUGGGAAGGAGUGCCACUGCCCAGCUGCCCACCGUCUGGGAAGUGAGGGCGCCUCUGCCCGGCCGCUGUGCCACCGUCUGAGAAGGAGUGCCACUGCCCAGCUGCCCACCGUCUGGGAAGUGAGGGCGCCUCUGCCCGGCCGCUGUGCCACCGUCUGGGAAGGAGUGCCACUGCCCAGCUGCCCACCGUCUGGGAAGUGAGGGCGCCUCUGCCCGGCCGCUGUGCCACCGUCUGGGAAGGAGUGCCACUGCCCAGCUGCCCACCGUCUGGGAAGUGAGGGCGCCUCUGCCCGGCCGCUGCCCCACCAUCUGGGAAGUGAGGGCGCCUCUGCCCGGCCGCUGUGCCACCGUCUGGGAAGUGAGGGCGCCUCUGCCCGGCCGCUGUGCCACCUUCCAACUGUGAAGUGACAGCCUUGUAUGUGAUCUUUUCUGUCUUCCCCAAGUUUGCAUUUUCGACAUUAAAGUUUACCUUUUAGUUAAAAGUU